AUGGUUUAUGGACGCAGCAUCGCAAUCGGUGGCUGUCUGCUGCUCUUGGUCAUUACACUUUCGGCAAUAAUAUUCUAUUUAAGUUUAGGACCCUGUCCGCAAGGCACCUUCGCCUGUGAUGGCAACACGUUGUGCGUGCCGCAGCGUCAAAUUUGCGACAAUCGCACAGAUUGCGAGGAUGGCAGCGACGAGCACCCGGUGGAGUGUGGCCUACUUUAUGGCAGUAAGGCGCUGACCGAUAAAAUUGUCGGCAAUGCAAUUGAACGGCGGCGACAACAACAGCAGAGUAAGGCAUUUAGCAGCGGGCGCAAUGGCACCGCGGCUCAAUUGAUAAAUGUGACGACAGUGGGUGUGACACCGGUGGAACCGGCAACCAUUGACACCGAAAAUGAAAUAACAACAUAUCCAAAAGGUGUUUGCACCUGUCGCCAGCGUACGAUAUUGUAUUGUGGACGCAAGGCGAAAUUGACGCGCAUACCGCGCUUAAGUGCCGAGGUGACGUGUUUGAUGAUGAGCCGCAGUAAUUUGACGCUGCGUGAAAAUAGCUUUAUUGGGUUGAAACACUUACAGAAGCUCGUACUGAAGCAUUGCAACAUAUCGCAUGUGCCGCUAGGCACAUUCAAUGGCCUACAUCAGUUGGAGAAAUUGGAUGUGCGGCAAAAUAAUAUCAGCACUUUGUCAGUUGGCAUAUUUCGUGGCAUGAAGUCUCUGAUGUGGCUCUUUCUCAUUUCGAAUCAAUUGCGUACGUUGCCGUUGGCGCAAUUUGUGGACAUGCCACGCCUCGAAUGGCUGGUGCUGAGUGAUAAUUUGCUCACACUGCGUAACGAGAAAUUUCCGCACAUGCUGCGUCUCUAUGAAAUCUAUUUGAACUCGAACGCCAUUGAGUACGUUUCAGAGGACAUGUUUGCUAAUCUUGCCACUUUGAAUCUGUUAAAUCUCAAUGACAAUCGUAUUACCCACAUUCAUCCGAGAGCUUUUUGGGGUUUGAAUGACAUCAGAGAUGUUCGGCUCAUUGGCAAUCCGUUGAAGGAACUCUCUGGUGAAGUAUUUCUGCGUAGUACUUGUCUGGAAGCGCUUUCCCUCAGCCACACACCCCUAUACAUCAGCCAACAGCUAAUUGGAUCUCUUAAUAUUUCUUAUCUUAAUUUGACGGGAAUCCCAUUCGAGCGCAUAGAUUUCGAUGCCAUCAAUCAGAUGUCCAAUCUCAAGUAUAUUGUGUUUGAGCGUUUCUAUUUUUGCUCGAUGACACCGCAAGUUCGUAUGUGUAAGCCGAAUAGUGACGGUGUUUCAUCAUUUCGCGAUCUGCUGAGUAAACCGGUGCUGCGCUACUCGGCUUGGAUAAUGGCUUUUGUAACGGUGGUAGGAAAUAUAAUGGUACUUUGGGGACGUUUCAUCUAUCGCGAUGAGAAUAUUGCCGUUACAAUGGUUAUACGUAACUUGGCACUGGCUGAUAUAUUAAUGGGUUUCUACUUAAUAACAAUUGGCGUACAGGAUUAUCGUUAUCGGAGCGAAUAUUACAAAGUUGCACUCGAUUGGAUCACCUCCUGGCAGUGCGCCGCUAUCGGCUCGCUGGCCGUCACAUCAUCCGAGGUGUCCAUGCUGAUACUCGCCUUCAUGUCAUUCGAACGUUUUCUACUUAUCGCCGAUCCGUUUCGCAGUCAACACCGUAUCGGUAUUAAGAAUAUUUUUAUAGCUCUACUCGCUAUUUGGUUGAUGGGCGUGGGCAUUGCUGUAGCGCCGGUUGCACUUUGGCACUCAAGCACCAAAUUCUAUGGCACCUACUCGGGCACAUGCUUCCCGCUACACAUACAGGAACCAUAUCCACUGGGUUGGCAAUAUUCGGCGUUCAUCUUCUUGGGCGUGAAUUUGUUUUUACUACUAAUGAUUGCGCUACUCUAUACAGCGUUGCUCAUAUCCAUUUGGCGUACACGUAAAGCGACACCGCUCUCCCUGUUGGAUUGUGAAUUUGCGGUGCGUUUCUUUUUCAUUGUGCUUACGGAUGUGUUGUGUUGGGCGCCUAUUAUUGCCAUGAAGAUUUGGGUCUUCUUCAACUAUAACAUUUCGGACGAUAUCUACGCUUGGUUGGUAGUCUUCAUAUUGCCGCUGAAUUCCGCUGUCAAUCCGCUGCUGUACACCUUCACCACACCGAAAUAUCGCAAUCAAAUACUUUUGCGCGGUUGGAAGAAAAUAACAUCGCGGCGUCGUGCUGAUCCGUCCAAUGGUUUGGCGACGACAAUUGCAACCGCUACAGCAUCAUCAAAUCCGGAUGAAUCGUCGAGCAAGGCCAUACCGCUGACAGUGAAUCACUGAGAGUAACUUUCCUCUUAUAAAUAUAAAUUCAAGGGUGGUUCAUAUACUGGUUUUUGUUAGAUUAACAUUCCUACUUUAAGUGACUUAUUAUGUUUUUAUCUCGAGGUUGUCCUGCACCCGAAACGUUCCCGUUCCCGAAUAAUAGUUCGUUACAACUUGGGCCUCGCGGUAAGCAGAAAGUAAGUGUGUAAUGAUAGUGCAUUUAUCAUUAAUUAUCUCAAAGAAAGUUUAGCUUAAAGAAGUCUAACUUGAUCCUAUAGCGAUUAGCACUAACCGUAAUUAAGUAUCCUAUAGUAUUUCGAAAGAAAAAUGGACCAAUGUUGCCACUUUUUAAACUCACAUUUUCAGAAAUGCAUUGGUUUCCCCUGGAGGAAUUGGUUUUUCUUCUAAACCUAAUAAGUUAGGUUAGGUUAGGUUAAUCUGGUAGGUCAAUAAGCCACGCAUAGACCAGUUUCGGUCCUUUGAAAUACUAGAUGGAGUUUAGGUCCAAGAGGAGUAGUCAUCCUUUAGGAUGCCUGCGCUUGAAGCGAAUUUUAACAGACUCUGCGGCCUCACUAUCGAUACCUCCUCCAGUGUAUCAUACCGUGUCGGCCCCAGAUGGUUACAGAGUAGUAUUUUCAAUGCGGGACAAGUGCACAAGAUAUGCUCCAUUGUUUUCCUGGUGCCCUGCUCUAGACAUUUUCUGCAGUUUUCUCGAUCUGGCUGUCCCAUCCUGCGGCCGUGCGUCGCCACCAGACAGUGACCAGCUAGUAUUCCCAUCAUGUUCCUACAGUAUCUUCUAUCGUUGCCAAUAGGAAUUUUGUGUACUUCCGAUCUAUCGUUUUGCACAUGAUUUUUGCAGUUUUGCACCUAGGUAACUCGUUUCAUCGGGUUUUGAUUUUCUUUAUCAUGCUUCUGUCAAGAUCGUCGUAUAAACAAUGCAUGUAUUCCUAAUGUCCAUCACGUUUUCGGAUAUUAACCGUACACCAUUCUUGGCAACCUCGUCCACUAUUACAUUGUCCUCGAUGCCUCUGUGGGCUCCCACCCAGGAGAAGUGAAGUUGCUUACUUCUGGCAACACUUUCCAUUGCUGCCCUGCUUCUCCAAGACACUUCUGGCCGAUAUGCGAUACGAAGUUACUGCCUUGAUUGCUGCUUGGCUGUCUACUUAGAUGUUGACUCUGAAAUUGCAUGCAGGUGCAUUAGAGGCCAGUUCCGCGACUUUCGCAAUAGCAAACACCUCAGCUUAAAAUAUAGAGCAGUGAUCCGGCAACUUAAAAGAUUGCCUUAUACCUAACUCUGGACAGUAUAUUCCUGGACCAACUCCAUCGUUCAUUUUCGCGCCAUCCGUAUAGCUGUUUAUAGUCUUGUACGCAGCUAACAUUCUUUUACGCCAGCCAUCUUUUUCUUUGUUUACUUUGAAUCUUCUUUCCCAGUUGAAAAGUGGGGUCAUGUAGUCGGUGUUUUCCAAACUGCCAUUACUCACCGUGCUAUGGCCGAAGGUUCAAUAUGUAAAUUCUCCUGCAGCCAGCAGUCGUCUCGCCGAUUUUGCUGCGCAGUUUUCAGCGAAUAGGUCAAGAGGUGGCAGGUUGGAGUUUUUCUUAAAGUUCGCGUUAUGCACAACGUAGCGAUUUGUUUUUUUUCUUCAGGCUUGCAGGGAGUUUAGCAGAUUAUAUUCAUGUUAUUAACCUUUAUACUGUUGUGUUAUCUUAAAUUUACUUAUUUUUAGACUACAAAUGUUAACGUAUUUCUACUUUUAUCGGAAAGUGAUGUUUCAAUACUCCGUCUUAUAUUAUAGUCCAGAGCAGUUACUCAAGUACUGAGCCUUGUAGUAUUACAUCUAUUUUCUGCAUUCCUUAGGUUCUUUUCCACACUGGUUUUGGAAUAGUCAGUCACGAAAUUGAAUGAUGUACUCAUCAAUUACACUGUUAUUCUCAUUGUUCUUGUUAAAUCGGUUAUCUAAAUCCUAUUUGGGGGACAAUACUCAAGUUAGUUGCAAUCAAAACCCUACAAAGGAAGGUCCAGGAAACGUGCAGUUUCGACGGAAGGUCGGGUCGGGGCGGGCGCGAGCUGUGUUCAAUGAGGAGGUAGUUAGAGUCCAUAAGUUGCCUAAGAGUCACUCAAGAUGCAGGAGAGAGUGCAGUGCAGGCGACCAUAUCGGUAUUUAUGGCCUGCUGAUUGCCUUGUAGGUUGAUUGGUGACAGCAUUUAGAGAAAACUCUUUCCUAGGUCGACUAAAAACUUAAAGAUUUGUUUUGUAUCUUGGCAAUACCAUAAUCGAGUUCGUAUGCGGAGUGAAAGAAUACAGGCUGUGGAGUGUAACACCAAAAAUCUUAGCGUCGAAAUUUUUAUGUUAUCGACUGCAAUAUUUGGAUUUAGUAUGCACUCCUUAGUAAAAUGGUCGCUGUGGAUUUGGUGGAGACUAGUGUUAGCCUCCUUGAAAAGAAGAAGCGAGAAAGCUCGGUGAGUUAGCUAUCCAACCAAUCCUUUUAGUUAGUUGAAAGCGUUUGUACGCUGCUAAAUCCACAGAAAUAUUAUCCUUUCUUAUACGAGCCAUUACUGUCAAAAUAGUCUGUGUGUCUAACAAUCUCACCAAAUGGACCACCCUUUAUAUAAAUAAAUAUAUAAGUGUGUAUUUCGUUGCCACCAAGUGGUUGUACGGGCAUUUACCAUAUAUUAAGAACACAUAGCAUAUACAUACAAACAUGUAGUAUAUACAUAACCAGCUGUAAGUAGUGAAAUAUCUACAUAUGUACAUACUAGCUACAACAUGUAACUGCUACCUCAAGUUAUCGAGUACAACAACAAGUGCAGUAGCAAGCGGUACUAAAUAAUAUAUAUUUACCAAAGAAAUUGUCUAGCACUUAAGCUGCAUUUACAUACAAACAUACCGAUAUACAUGCAUAUAUGUACAUAUGUUGACAUAUAAGUAUCUAGCUGUAUGUGUAUGCAUAAUUUACUAUUACUAGUAAAUAUAUAUUUAUUUAUUUAUUGUAAUUGUAUGAACGAUUUAUUUAUAUAGUAAAAAUAAUGCCAAAUUUUAUUCCACAUACAAAUAUUGAAAUGAUGUGUUUUGAAGUAAAAUGUUGAAAAUAAGCGAUAAAGCACACAUACAGUGUCUAGAAAUGCACCCUGCAGUAAAAUAUCAAACUAGUUCACAACUAGUACCUGACCGAUCCAAUUCAAGUUAUUGUAUGGUAAACUUUUCUAUUUGACAAGUUAGUUAUAGCAAAUUUGGCAUGAACUACAGUGAUACACAGUGAUUUUAUUGUCUUAGAUAUAAUAUCGAUUUUUGAUAUAUUUGUGUCCACAGUUCAUGAAGCUAUCAAUGGUUUUAAAAGGUUUGUUCGCUCGAUCGUUAAUUUUUAAAUCUUUAUUUACUUUCCUAUUACCAAAAUCAGAAAAGAUGAAACAAAAUAACAGAUGCCAAUUUUGUUUUAAAAAAUAAGGAUGCAAACAGAGAAAAAAUGUCGAAAACAUAUAUUAUACAAUAUUUCAAUAAACCCCCUUUAGGAACAUUUAUUUUAUACGUUUCCAGUCGACAAUCUU